UCACAUCUCCUGGAUUUUUUCGACCUGCGCGCGGUGACAAUUCCCCAAAAAUCCCAUCUCCACUAUAAAAACUGAUCCUCAAAUGUAAAUUCAAUUUAUUGUGACUAGAACAUAAUUUAUUUCUCUCGAUUGUAAUGAUAAAGCAUCAACAACUGUGAAAUAAACCAAAAAUAUAACUCUGUGAAUUUUAUUGUGGAUUUUAUUGCUGAACAUUUCUCGAUUUUUGAGACGAAUAAAAAUUGAUCGAUGGAUGCAGCGAAAUAUUUCUUGUGCUGAAUUAUUGAAUGUGUGUUGAAUUGUUCAGUGUCGAUGUGUGGAUUAUUACGAGAGAACUGCGAUUAAAAAUGUCAGACACAAUUUCAAAAGAACCGCUUAAUAACACCAGCAAUGGCAACAAUGGAACAGCCAAAGUGAUAUCAACGAAGGAUCGGGACGUUGAGAGGGGCGAUCUCGCAACAAGAGGGGGAAACAGUACCCCAACGUCAGAGCCCCGAUCUGCUGCGCUACCUAGUGCCACGAGUUGUUCACGUACCGGUUCGAGUGACCGUUGGCGGGCAGUCGCUCGUACGCUACGACGUAUAACACUGGUGAUGCUACUCGUCGGGGUCCUAGCUGCCCUCGUGGCCCUAGUAUGGAUCUACAUGGGACCUAUUUUUGUACUCCAAUUGUUUCUGGUUGUUGUCAUUGCGUAUUUUGUAUCCGGUGGACGGCUCAGGUGGUUCUACGUGGCGGCCAAAACAGCACCCCGAGACAUAAAGGCUCUACUGAGAUUUGGCCAUCUCAUGUGGUGGAUGAGAUGCAACGAGAAGAAAAAUACCAGUGUUGCUGAUCUAUUCCGACAGCAUGUCGCCAAGCAUCCGAAUAAACCCUGUUUAAUAUGUGAAGACCAAGAGUGGACUUUCCAGGAGAUCGAGGAUCUCAGCAACAAGGUCGCGACAAUAUUUAAAAAUCACGGGUACAGAAAAGGCGAUACAGUGGCACUAUUGAUGGAAAAUCGACCAGAGUACGUGGCUAUCUGGAUAGGGCUGUCUAAGCUCGGUAUAAUCAUCCCCUUUAUCAAUACCUAUCUGAGGAAGAGUUCAUUGCUGCACAGUGUGAACAUUUCAAAAUGCCAGGCGUUGAUUUUCUCCGUGGAAUUGGCUGACGCUGUGAAAGACAUCGCACCCUCUCUGGACGCAAAAAUAGCUCUCUACAGAUUUGGUGGCGAGGCAGGAGCUGAUGCCUCAGGUCUCAAAGAGAAGGACUUGUCGGCCCUCGUGGCUGACGCCCCCACAGUGCCUCCAGUUAUCCAAGAGAAAGGAAAUUAUAAGGAUAAACUUCUGUACAUUUACACUAGCGGAACAACAGGAUUGCCUAAAGCUGCUGUUAUCACUAAUUACAAAUUUAUGUUCAUCGCUGCUGCUAUCCACUUUCUAGCUGCAUUCAGAAGUUCUGACAGAUUUUAUGCUCCACUUCCGUUGUACCACACUGCCGGUGGUAUCAUGUCAAUAGGUCAAACAUUACUGUACGGUGCGACCACAAUCAUCAGGAAGAAAUUCUCAGCUAGUGCGUACUUCGAUGAUUGCCGCAAGUACAACUGCACGGUGGCACAAUACAUCGGAGAAAUGUGUCGUUACAUCCUGGCAGUGCCUCCGAGACCAGAGGACAGCCAACACAACAUCAGAACGAUAUUCGGGAAUGGGCUGAGGCCGCAAAUUUGGAAGGAGUUUAUCAAUCGAUACAAGAUAUCCGAUGUUAAAGAAUUUUAUGGAGCCACUGAGGGCAAUGCUAACAUAGUGAACAGUGACAAUACGGUGGGUGCAAUUGGAUUCGUGUCACGGAUAGUUCCACAACUUUAUCCCAUUUCCAUCAUCAGAGUUGAUUCUGAUGGGGAGCCUAUCAGAAACGCUAAAGGCUUGUGCAUACCUUGCGAACCCAAUGAGCCUGGUGUUUUCAUCGGCAAAAUAAUUCCCAACAAUCCUCACAGAGCUUUCCUGGGAUACGUGGACGAAAAAGCGUCUGAGAGAAAAGUUGUAAAUGAUGUGUUCGUCAAGGGAGAUAGUGCUUUCCUCUCAGGGGAUAUCGUAGUAGCUGAUGAGCUGGGUUACCUCUACUUUAAAGAUCGCACAGGAGAUACGUUCAGAUGGAAGGGAGAGAAUGUUUCUACGUCAGAGGUCGAAGCUAUCGUCAGCAAUCUCGUUAAUUACAGAGACUGUAUGGUUUAUGGUGUUGAGGUCAAAGGUGCUGAAGGCAAAGCGGGUAUGGUGGCGAUAUACGACGAGAACGGUUCUUUAGAUUUAAAUCAAUUAGCACAGAGUAUAAGAGAGCAUCUGCCAGUCUAUGCGAGGCCCCAGUUUGUGCGAAUCCUAACGAAAAUUGAUCUCACAGGAACUUUCAAAUUGAAGAAGAAAGAUCUCCAAGAAGAUGGAUACGAUCCAAACAAAUCGCGUGAUAAAUUAUACUAUUUGGAUCCAAAAUCCGGGUAUUUACCCCUGACACCAGAGGAAUAUGAACAAAUACAGCAGGGGAAAAUACGUUUCUAGACGUUUUUCUCAUAAAAUCAAAGAAACACCGAAAUAACAACGAGCACAAAUGAAUUCCAAACUGAAAACAUUGUAAAGUAAGAAUAAAAUCAGUAGCAGAAUGGUAAACGGUGAUGAUCCAAUGGGAAUAAUUCUUGAGGAUUAAAUUACCACUUCACUACUGUGGAAUGGAAAAAUUACGAGAAAAUCUCUUGAAUCUCGAGACUAAGUUCAAUUACAACUCGUUUAAAUGCCGUCAAACGAGAAUGAGAUAAUAAAAUGUGUUCUUGAGAAAGAUUUACUUUUUACACGAGAAUUGUGGUGAAACCCACCUCUAAAACUCGAAUUAUUGUACAUAGAAUUGAAUUUAUGAAUAAAUUAUAGGUAAAAUUUUCACAUUUAAGUUGAGCUUUUUGACAUCAGGCAGCUGAUGAUUUAUCGUGUACUUAUCUCGCUUCAGCGGUUUCGGAUUCAUCGAUUCAUCUUUAUCUCUCGCUAUUAUUUCUCAUGCUAUGGAGGAAAUAUAUUUGAAAAUCGUUUGAUAUGUGAAGUAUCGCACAAAACAGAGGCUCUUUGAUUUUGAUUUAUUGUCAAUGAAAAUCAAAUGAUCAUUAUCUGUGACUUGUUGUUCAGUCACUAGUUAUUUCUAAAGGAUUUUUUCAGUGGGUGUAUGUGGUAUGUCACAAUGAUUUAGCAAGCAUUGUUAUUUGUUAUUUUUUAGAAAUAAAUUAAAGAUAUUUUCUAUAUA